AUGAAGCUGGAUGCUAGGUCAUCGCCAGCCAUGUUAGACCUUCGGAUGAACUACCGGAACCUUCUGAACGAAUUCAAGGUUCACAAUGGCAAGAUCGUGUCCAAUCAGUUUGCCCUGAUGAAGCCGAGACCGAAAGCCACCUUGAACAAGCCGAAGGCGCUGGCAUACCCUGAUGGUGUUGACAAGGUGCUCUUCCGCAAAGUCGCCCAGAUGCGCGCGCGCUCCCAGGAGGACGGCCUUGGACCUUUGUCGCCAAAGAGCGCGCGGGGUGGGGAUGAUGACCUGGGCCCGCAAGAGGAGGAUCUGGAGGAGGACGGCAGCCCACGGAGCAAGCCGGAUCCAACCCUGCAGAAGGAGGUACGGGAGAUUGCGCGGAAUGCAAAAGUUCAGGCCACGCAUGCUUCAAUGGAGUAUCCUCCAAACAGUGGGAACGGUCUGCCCAUUGAUCGUCUCCCUCGCGCCUUGGAGGCUCUGAGCUACUUGAGCCCAGACCCCAAGCGCAUCGAGGACUCCCUCCAGACUUUGUUGUACCGAAGUUCCAUGGACCAGCCGCUGGCGCUCGAUGAGUUUGCUGUGGUUAUCCACCACUUCGAGGUGCAUCGCGCGCAGCAGAUCAAGGCGCAGUUUGAGCAGCUGGAUGAAGAUGGUUCAGGGUCGAUCGAUAAGUCGGAGCUUCGCCGACUGUUGUGGGACACUGGCUAUUCUGUAAACAGGGAGACCUUGGACGAGAUUUUCGAGGAGGUGGACCGGGAUAGGUCUGGCACAGUGGAGUUGCGAGAGUUCGAGCUGGUCUUGAAGAUCGUCUAUGACCGCUUCGGCUUCUCCCGAACUGAGGUCAAGGCCUUCUACACGCUCUUUGAUCGCUAUGAUGCAGAUCUUUCAGGUGAGCUCUCUGCAGAUGAGCUUGCGGGCGCUCUAGGGUGGUGCGGCCACCCCACGAGCAUAGCAGAGGCCCGUGACAUCAUCGAGCGGUACCUCGAGAAGUCCAUCCAAAGCAUCAGUCGGCCGGAGUUCCUUCGCAUCAUGAGGUGCGUGGCCGAAGAGGAGAUAGAAGAGUUCCGGGCUCUCUUUGCAGCCAUGGAUGACGAUGACUCCGGCUUCCUGGACAUGCAACGGGCUCAGGGCGCCAAGGGUGGGAGGCAGGAGCUGUCGGAGCUCUUCUUCAAGUUGGGCUACACUAUCCACUCCUCCGUCAUCGAAGAGGCUGUGGAGAGCCUCUUCCCCUCAGGGGCCGAGGAUGGAAUUAUCUUCGAGGAUUGCGUGCACGUCCUGGCCUAUAUCCGAGCCAAUGAGGGCUUCUCGAAGGAUGAGGCAAGCUGGAGCAGAUGUGGUGGAAACAAUUUGAGGAUCAAGCGAGGGGCAUUGUGA